AUGUCGCUUCUUGAAAGCCACCUUGAGCAAAUCAUGCUCUCCUCAAAUGCUAUUGCAGAACUUCCCUUUCCACCUCCGCGAAUGUUCACCAAUGCUCUUUUGGGCUCUCAUGACAUCACCUCCCUAAUUCGCGACACGGAAGCUCAUGAACGGGCUUUAUUCCAGACUGAUCCCUCGGUGAAGCCAGUCAGCUCGGCGCAGCGACGAGUUACUCGCCGCGGCACGCAGUUCCCACAAGAAACAGAGAAGGAGUCUAUGGCGAGUCGGAUUUAUUCGGCCAGAAACAACAAAAAUCAGUCCGCUGUAGCCAGAGUGCUAGGCUCAGAUAUGAUGGAGGAGAUCAAGCGCUCCGCGGGGCGGGGUCCGCGCGGGGAAGUCAACGUCGAUGUCUUGCUUCGCGGCGCAGAGAUCCUUUGCAAUGUCUACCCGGUCGCUGGCGCACACGAAAAGAUCGCAAGUCUUCGCUAUCGUCACCAAUUGAUCACGGACUCAAUUAUAGAUUUGGAAGAGCGCGUGGCCCGCAACGCUGCCGAGCUGGAGCAGAUGAGCCACUCCUACGGUGAUGACUAUGAUGAUUACGAUACUGGAGAAACACUGCAACCUGAGGUGGCCGACGUCACAGAUGCUGAUCUGGCCCGGGAAAUGGAGGAGAUCCGAGAAUUAGAGAGAAGAAAGCGAACGCUAGAAGAUCGGGUCAAUGGGAUGGAACGGGAUCUUGGUGGGUUGCUGGGCUGA